CUACGCCUCUCCUCGUGUCACAAAGACUGCUCCAAAACACAACUUGAGGUUUAAACUUGGAAGAACGAUUAUAAAGUGGGCCGUCUGUAUUAGAACCUCCCUUUUCUUUAAUCUUACACUCCCGACUGCAGUGGUACAUUCCAAGAUGGCGGCCUCCAUGAUACAUCGGUGUGUUCUGAAAUGCAGGUCAAGAAUUGCUUCAUUGAGUGAAACAGUGACAGGAAAAAGAUUUAUUCUGUCUGCGGCAUAUACCAGUAGUGACAAAUGGGAGAAAAGGGAAAUAGAAAACCAUAAUUUAGCGGAGCUGGCAUCCCUUAUGGACAGGACCUAUGAGAAAAAGCUUCCAGUGAGCUCUUUGACAAUAUCACGGUUUGUUGACAGCGUUUCAUGUCGGGAAGAAAUUGAUCAAGCUGAAUACUAUCUAUACAAGUUUCGACACAGUCCAAACUGCUGGUAUUUAAGAAAUUGGACAAUACAUAGUUGGAUUCGACAGUGUCUAAAAUAUGGAGCUGAAGACAAAGCAUUAUACACCCUGAAGAAUAAGUGCAGUACGGAAUUAUCCCUUGAUGAAUUUACCUUCAACUUGUUACUUGAUACAUUUGUAAAGAAGGAAAAUUAUGAAGAUGCUGUAUCUGUAGUCACUGAGGUAAUGCUGCAGGAGAGCUUCGAUGAGGUUUCCACACAACUGCUUUCCCUCUAUACGUUAUACAAAUAUCUUUCAGGAAGUCCAGAGCUCAAGUGGGAACAAGAAAGGAACAUUGGUGCUUCACUUUUGCUUGCCGGUUUAAAACAAGAAAACACUGUUGGUUUCAGCUCUCAAGUCUAUGCAUAUGCAUUGCUUGGAAAAGUGGAGGUGUGCAAUGGUCUGCGUGCUGUGUAUACCCAGAUGCCUCUCAUGUGGACCCCAGGUUAUUUCAGAAGGGCACUUAAUGUGAUGGAGAAGGUAUCUCUAAUGGAAGAAAGUAUUAGGAUCUGCAAAGAUGCAGUUGAUGUUUUAAAAACAUCUUUAGAUUCUGCAAUCUCUGAUCAGCUGGCCAAAAAAUCAUCAGAAAAUGCUGAUGAUCAUGAGAAAAAGACAGUGGAAGACGAUGCAGAAAGGUCUGAGGAAGAUUUGCUCCCAGAAUACCUCACUAGAUUUCAGGAACUGAUGGCAAAGCUUGAAUCUCUUGGCAGAAUUGAAUCUAAGAGCCUGCUUAGUUUGACAACCCACCUUAUUCAAGAAAAGCUGCCUGAAUAUGAGCAACAAGAUAUUGCAAAUUAUGAAGUGCAACUCGAAGAAUGGGAGAAAGAGAGGUGUCAGCUCACUGUGAGAGAAAAAGAAAUGAGAGAAAAAGCUAAACAGGAGUUUGAGGCCAGGCAGGCAGCCAAAUCUGCUGCAUAAUCUCAGCUUGUCAUUCAUGUUUGGUUAUUUUUGACUUAGGCAUUUAAAACCAAUAAAUUACAUUUAUAUAUAAA